AUGCAAGAGUCGCGACCAAAAAUAGUAACUGUUAAGAAGUACGACGACAAAGGAGCGUUCUUUGUUCCUGUUCCAGACCCUGAAAUUUCAGAACCCAAAGCAACGGAAGUUAUUGAAGAAUGUGCGAAGAAAUCUUCUUUCGUCUGUGCAGCAGCACCAAGUGAUGGUUCUGCUGAAUCCAUUCCUGGUGAUUGCGAAGAAAUGAUGAAAAUUUUAGAUCAAGAAGAAAAGUCAAAAGAAAAAAUAUCUAACACAUUACACGAAGGAGGCGUGAUUGAAGUUGUGAGGACGACGACUGUCAUUCAGCAGCGCUUCGUGGAUGGAAAGAAAGUUUCAGAAAGUGUAACCGCUACAGAAAGUGAGGGUGUUGAUAUUCCAACCAGAACAUACCAUGAAGAAUGCGGCAUGUCUCUUAGUUCUGAAAUGUCUUCAUCUUUAGCGUCACAACCUUCGGAAAUGGAUAGUUUAAUGACGGUGUUAGACCGGCAGCACAGUGAAACGGAAAUAGUAUACUCCCGACAUAGUGUGACUGUAUCAGCAGAGAGGCCAGAAGAUUUAGAUAUCUCUAGAGAAAGUAGCGCAAUACGUGAGCUAUCACCCUCAUCCGGGAGGUCGGUAGCUCACAGUAUUGUGUCUGGUAAACACUUUACAGAUCCAGCCAGCGGCUCUUGGAGUGUUCAAGACGAAGAGUUAAGUUCUUCUGGAAGUUUUAGUCGAGCCCGUGCAGACUUGAUGCUUGGAAGUACAGAUAGUUUGGAAGCAACAAGCUCAAACGCAACUCGAGCUACAUACAACUAUGAAGUUGAUACUCCGAUGACAGGGAGCCUUACAUCUGGAGGAUCGAACACCAUGGUAUCUUCCCUUGAUACCCUGGACCCUGUCACCGCGGUUCAAAUGGAAAGCCUCGAACACCAAUCGACUAGUGAGCAGUACUCACACUUUGAGGUCCAUGAACCGGAUUCAGAUACUGAGAGAUUGGAACUUGAUGGAAGGAUCCCAAAAACCAAAGAGAGGACGAUAAUGUUCGACAGUACGGACACAUUAAGUGCCGUUAGCGCUGAUAGUUCUGUAAGAGAAGCAGCCGUUGAAGCUCCAGCUGCAACCUUCUAUAUCGGCGAUACACCAAUAUUGCGAGGAGAACACCAAGAAGAAGAGGAUCAGCCGACAGUUCUUUCUGGCAGCUGUCCUGCGUCAUUGCCACCCGCCACUACUUCGACACCUAUACCUGCUCAACGAAGAUCCUUGACGAUGAUCGCAAAGCCGCCACACUCAAGCUUAGAAGAAGAGGCAAAGAAGUAA